CCUAAACAUCCAUGGCGCACGGCGCUUGCAACUGAGACCUUUAAAACCGUUUCGCCCUUGGCUGGAGUCACCACAAUCCUUCGCCAUGCCUUCAUACCUGGAGUCAAUCCCACUGGACAUUCUGCAGCACAUAGCGUAUAUGUGUGUUGCCGAGACGCCCUUCGAGCCCAUGGUCACUAUCCUUCAGCUCCUGUUGUGCAGUCGUACACUCCACCACUCCCUCUCCAUUCAAUCGUGUCCCGAGCUUUACGCACGUGUGUUUCGCGUAAAAUACGACAUUGCCGCCUCGCUUCGUCGAAGUCGUUCCUCUUUGUUGAUCACUUCGUCACUGGCCGCCGAACUGAGGCGGCGCUGUAUCGUUUUGCGCCGGAUUCGUCGGUGCCACCUUUCUCAUGAAGACCUUCUCUCCCAUCUUUGGACCAUCUACGUGAUGGUACUCGAAAGCGACGAGCUGAACGAAGCGCAGUUGAAAACCGCGGAUAUCUCCCAUUUUAUCACUGAACUUGUUCGGCAUCGUUUGCAUCAAGACGUUGCCACCAGUGGCUGGCCUCUUGAGAAUCAAAGCAAUGCAAUCAUGAUUUGGAUUGCGUGCCUGUCGCUGUCCACUGAACACAUAUCACAACUAAAGAUCGAGGAACGCAACGAGCUUUUGUCUUUGUUACGUCCCAUCGCGAUGGUGUCAUCUAAGUAUCCCUCGAUUGCCCUUUACGACACAUAUCCACACACGGCUGCAGAUGCUACCAAUCCCGAUCAAGCCAUGUUAAUUAAGACCCCAUCGCAGUCUUACGAACGGCGUGGAGGAUUUUUAGAAUACUCUCAGCAAUUCAUAUUGUCUUCCCCAAGCUUAGUAUCUGGUGCUGUCUUCCUCACGUUCGCUCUCAAGGAGGCAUCAGUACUCCAAGUACCCACACAUCUACCGAUCAAUAGAGCCGCGGCGUUGGCAGCUCAGCGCGCUGGUCCUACAAUGGAAGACUACGCUGUGAUGACACGCUCUAGAACCCCUCUUAUCGCAGACUCCUUCCCAUUAAAGUUUUCCAACCUGCAAUCAGGUGAUGCUUCCUCCAACUCGGAUGCGACGUCGCAGCCGUCGCGAAGUAGCGUGCACGACGAAGAUUUUUACAGGAUCGCCCAUCCUUUCCGUCCUCUUCAUCUCCCGGUACUUCGCAGUUACGUUCCUGGAUCGUUGACUGGUCGCUGGGAAGGAACCUACAUGGUCUCAUCGUUGACUUUGCUGGACAAUGCCACGCAUCGACCACCAAACUUCUCGACGCUGCCGGAUUUCACAAGCCGGCACGCAAUGCAGUGCGAACUCCAAGAGCAUCUUUGUUUUCCGCCCUGUGUUCCCUUUCCACGUAGCGGUGACGAUUUCCUGAACAUGCCGGUCCAAUGGGAUCAGGACGUUCAUAACCGAUUGGAUUCACAGAAGGGAACAGAAUUCUGCCACGCAAGAAUCACCCAAAACUUUCAAUAUGAGCCGUACUCAUCAAAUACGUCCGUUCAUGCCCGCAGAGAUCCGUUGGACAUUAUCAUCACUGGAGAAACCACGCAAGAGUUUAAUCAGGCGUGGGGUGCUUUUAGGUUUAUUGGAAGAGUGAGAUUGUCCGAUGGGUGGGUCGUGCUGAGGCGGGAACCUAAGCACGCAGGCGAUGAAGGCCUUGGCACAUGGAUCUUUGAAGGGCAUGUACUCUACAGGCGUGCACUCGUAGGCAAAUGGCGUUCAAAUCGAACUACCGACCAUCCUGGGGUUGAGGGCAUCUUCAGUUUGGGUAAAAGAAAGGAUUGAUAUUAUCGUAUUUAUCAUAUCAGGAUCGAGCUUUUGGGGGGGUUAUUCAUGAUGGGAGUAAUAGGGUCUGCAUACAUUAGGUGAUUCUCUUACCAUAUCAUAACUUUGAGUAGUUGUGGGGAUGAGACGGAAGUAGAUGGAGUUAACUAUAUUGUCAUUAUAAUCAUAAUAAUAUUUCAUUCUUCUAAC